AUGGCACGCAUGGAAGUCCAAGUCGCUCCAGAGUCUCGCGCAGCAUUGAAGGAGCACCUCACCUUGCGGUGCGUGGUCCGGGCCAAGUACCAUCGUGAUAAGUCCCGGCGCUCGGCAGAGGUCAUCUCCUGGUCACAGUCGCUAGUUCAGAUACUCUGCACUACCUUACUCCGGGAAGUUGAACAAGAAACGGCCGGAUUCAGUACACAGUUGAACAUCGUUCAGAUGGUUGGGUCUCCGAAUAUCGUGUACAUCUGUUUCGAUCUCUUCCUCGACGAGUGCGACGAGCGACUUCGCACCGAGAUUUCCGAGGAUUUCAGCACCCAGCGACCCAUCCAUUACAUUAUUCAAAAGCGGAGGCUUUUCUAUGUGCGGAGGGAGCCGCGGGCGGACCGGCAGGUGGCUGGACAGUACUCGUGGAUGAGCUGCCUCGACAAAGGACCGAGGCCCUUUUUUUCAGAUUUAGCAAAUCCGCCGAUCUAUGACAACGGGCGACGGAUCGAGGACUUCAAGGCUGUGGCGUCGCCGGAGGGGAGUGAUGCGGAAGGGAAUGACCCGAAGAAGAACGAGGACAGGAAACAAGAAGACCCAGAUGAAAAGGAAGCAGAACCAACAACGACUGGCAACACACCUGCAACUGGACAGCAGAGUCAAGACAAUGACAUCUCCUUAAAGUGA